GGAGGUCGCCUAUAGUAGCGAUAGCGAUAAUUGAGUUUUCUCGCGGAGUGUCAUCCAUGCGAAGUGACUUCAUAAAAAUAUGGCGCGUUCGCGACGACAGAGUCAGUUGGGUUUCCAUUUUGAUCCUGCUUAGGAUACGUGUGACUUUCCACGAUGUAUCUCCUCGCGCUCAUUCUCGUUCCUGCGAUAAUAUCGUACGUUAUACUGACGGCGAAGGGUUCUAUAUUGGAAGACAUCGACUUUCUGAGAGAUGCCGAUGUGAAGAGUAUGAGUCAACUUUCUGGAAACAAGCACGAUUCACUGCCCGCUCACUUUUAUGAGCAAAUGUAUCGUCAUGACAGCGAGGAUAGGCACGAUUUUCCGUUUUAUGUCGCUCGCAGACAAUACGGCAGCGGGAAUAAGUACGAUCCACCACCCUAUUACUCACGCAGGCAGAUCGAUAAUUACGGCAACGGAAAUAAGUACGAUCCACCACCGUACUACUCUCGAAGACAGAGUGACGACGGAAGCAAGUACGACCCGCUACCGUACUAUUCUCGAAGACAGAAUGACGACGGAAGCAAGUACGACCCGCCACCUUAUUACUCACGCAGGCAGAUUGAUAAUUACGGCAACGGAAAUAAGUACGAUCCACCACCGUACUACUCUCGAAGACAGAGUGACGACGGAAGCAAGUACGACCCGCCACCGUACUAUUCUCGAAGACAGAAUGACGACGGGAGCAAGUACGACCCGCCACCGUACUAUUCUCGAAGACAGAGUGACGACGGAAGCAAGUACGAUCCGCCACCGUACUAUUCUCGAAGACAGAAUGACGACGGAAGCAAGUACGACCCGCCACCGUACUACUCUCGAAGACAGAGAGACGGCGGAAGCAAGUACGAUCCGCCACCGUACUACUCUCGCAGAUAGAAUGACGACGACAGCAGGAACAAGUAUGCUCCGUUUCAUUACUGUUGUCGCAGGCAGGACGAUGGAUAGGCCAAAGGGAA